AUGUUUCUGAAAAGAAACACCUGUUUCAUGGUCUUUCUGUUGUGUUCUCUGACUCUGUGGUGCAAGUCGACCAGCGCAGGCUCCAGCUAUCUCAGCCCUUCACAAAAACCUCAGAACAAAGGGAGGUCUUCCAGGGUCGGGCGCCAGCUCAUGGAGCCGCCGGGUCCUCCGGCUGAGGAGAACCACAUCACAAUAAGCGCUCCCUUUGAGAUUGGCUUCACUGUGAGGGAGCAGGACUUUGAGGAGUACGGCACAGCGCUGCAGGAGGUCAUUCAGCGUCUGCUGGGAAACACAGACCCUGCAGCAGGUAGGCCUCAUUUCUCUGUUUUAUACAUUAAAAAGGUUGUGUUCCUUUCAGCCAAAUGA